AAUGCGCGUCUCCUUUAAGAUAAACACGGGAAGCGGUAGCCACGUUUGACUUGGAGGUAGUAUGGCAGUUCAUUCUCAAAAGGAAUAGCCAAACUAAAAUAACAUUUUAUUCACCUGGGCUUAAUUCCUCUCGUGGAUGGGAACUCGUGCGGUCACAGAAAUAGUACUACUGCCCGAGAAUGGCGUCCUCUUGGGUCACAGGAUUAUUUAUCAUUUACGUUUUUUCUGUUCACCCGGUGCCUACGUUUACAUGGGAUACAGACCUGGAGCUCUUUGACCUGGUGGAGGAAAUCCCGCAAAACUUUUAUGAAUUCUUAUCAGUGGAACAGGACGCCUCGUCCGCAGACAUCAGAAAGGCCUAUCGCAGGCUGUCCCUGACCUUGCACCCCGACAAGAACAAAGACGAGAACGCGGAGACGCAGUUCAGACAACUUGUGGCUAUCUAUGAAGUCCUGAAAGAUGAGGAGAGAAGGCAGAGGUACGAUGACAUCCUGGUCAACGGGCUUCCGGACUGGCGGCAGCCCGUCUUCUACUACCGGCGGGUGAGGAAGAUGAGCAACGCGGAGCUGGGCAUCCUCCUCUUCCUCAUCCUCACCGUGGGCCACUAUGCGGUCAUCUGGUCCAUCUACCUGGAGAAGCAGCUGGAUGAACUGCUGAGCAAGAAGAAGAGGGAAAAGAAGAAGAAGACAAGUAACAAGAGCCCGGAUGAGCUCAAGGCUGCAGGCUUGGACAAAAACGAGAGGUCCUUGGAGAAACCGCAUUGGCAGGACAUUCUACCACUCAAACUGGGUAUCUGGCUCUACCUAACCGUGAAAUACCUCCCCCAUCUUGUCCAGGAUGCGAAACGCUGCUACGAGGACUAUAAAGAGAUGAAGAUGAAAGAGAAGGAGGCAGCCCAGGCUCAGGCUGAACAAGAGGCGCUGCAGAAAGAGAAGAGGCCUAAAGUGAAAAAGCCCAAAGUUGAGCUCCCCGUUUACAAGCCCCCGGUCGACGGUGCCUUUGUUGCGUCCUACGAUCAGGCCACGUCCAUCGAGGAGAUCGAGGACCAGAUGGACGACUGGCUGGAGGACAAGAAGCUGCAGAAAAAGAAGGCACUGGAGUGGACGGAAGAGGACCUCAGUCAGCUGACUCGCUGUAUGGCCAAGUUCCCCGGGGGUACGCCGGGUCGAUGGGAGAAGAUCGCUCACGAGCUGGGCCGGACGGUGGCUGACGUUACUUCUAAGGUGAAACAAGUCAAAGACUGCGUCACUAACACAUCAGGACUAGUGAGGCUGUCCGAGCUGCGGGGCAGUGGCGCCCAGGUGGGGAAGGGUUCGAGACCUGGGGUCCUGCCCGACAGCAUCAUCACACAGCGGGAGGAGGAGCCUCCGGAGGAGCCAAUGGGUGGAGACGACGGGGAGGGCGGGGUCAGGCGCAGGAGGACUAAUCAGACUGUGGGGGAGGAGAGGGAGAGGGAGAAAGAGAAGUCCAAGGGCCGCAGGCAGAAGGACUUCGACCCCACUGCCGCGGAGGACGACAGCGGGGACGAGAAGAAGCCGGGGCGGGAGCGGACCCCCCCCUCCGAGGACAUCUGGACUCAGAGCCAGCAGAGACUCCUGGAGCUGGCCCUGCAGCAGUUCCCACGAGGCACCUCAGAACGCUGGGACAAGAUCGCCAAGGUGGUAGCAGGGAAGAGCAAGGAAGAGUGUAUGAUUCGAUACAAGCUGCUGGCAGAGCUGGUGCAGAAGAAGAAACAGGCCAAAAGCUGAGUUCUGUGCUCCAACGUUUGCUCGUCUGCCUGUCACGUGCCUUACGACCUGUCAAUCAUCCAUCUGAGCCCUUUCUGGGCCCGCCCACUUCACAGCGGGGACUCCAGCAUGCAGCGUAUGGGCACUGCCUUUCCUCCCAAAGUGUUCGUCUGAAUCCCCAGACAUGUUGAAUAAAUUGGUUUUAUUUAUUAAUUGAAGAAGAGCCCUCUGUAUCUUUUUCAUAUAAUUUUCAUUUUUAUGCAACGAGGGCCAGAAUAUGGAUGGGCCCGAAUUGCGAUUUUUUGAAAUGCAUUAAAAGAAUUUUUCCACCGGUAUGAAA